AUGGAUGAUUACAUCAAGGAGCGCCUGAUGUUUUGGACUCGCUUCCGUCAAUCUGAUGGGUUCGAUGUCGAACAUUUGAUGGACACAAAACCUAUCAUCAUGUUUGCUGGAUUCGCGCAAUUCAAUAGACGAUAUAGCGUUGUAUAUUCCGGUUACUAUAUCACUCUGGUUGCUAAAGAUCCAGCUUCAGGCGGUUCCCUUGUAACUUUUCAAACGAGGGUUCUUGAAGAAGGCUUUGACAUCAAGCAACUGACUUGUCCUAUUGCUCGACUUAAGUGCGGAUCACGAGAUAACUCCAAGGAAAAGAGGUCCGUUGAUGAUUGCUACCAACUUAGAUUGCCUGAUGAGUGGCCGUCGGAGAAUGUUUUCAAUGAUAAAAAACGAUACUACGUGAUGAAGAAAUCAGAGGUACGAAAAUAUGAUUGGGUUCGUCUAUACAUGGAACUUGCAUUCUUCAACGCCAAUAUGAAACUUAAACAUCUUAAUCUGUCGAAAUUGGUGAUUAUGAAGGUAGCGGUAGAAACUGAGGAAAACGUGGAAACGCCAAGUGAGAGACUCAAGGCCAGAAAUGCAGUUUUCUACAUAAGGUACAGGUACCACCCAAAUAAGGGUCUGGCUCAUAAGGUUCACCAUGGUCACAAGCCUCCCCGUGAUCGCGUAGCUAUAGUGAAAAGAACCAUUGACAAGAAUACCGGAGAGCUCACUCUCCAGUUCGAUGGCAGGCUUUCAAAAACUCUUCUCUAA